CAAUUGAAAAAACCUCUCAGCGCUUCGACCCCUAUCAGCAACGUCUCGGAUAAUAGAAAUGAGUCGACGGAAGAUCUGGUUGAAUGUUCAAUGAAUUUGUCACAUCAAAUUAUAAUCAGAACAAUUAAUUCAAUAUUCCAAAGCAGCUAUCUGGGAAUGACUAUUAAGAGAAUAAUCGAAGGAGGUGGGCGGAUAUUGGGAAAGAUACACACUUUUAAAAGCAAACUACAUGAUGUGUACACUGAGGUGAUAAAUAAGAUUUCUCUAGCACACCAUGAUGACAAAAGGUUUAUUUUUCCUAACACCACAAAAACUUUACCUUGGGGACACUCUGACAUUGAGUUUUACCAAACUGACCCCUCGUUGAAUGUUAAAUAUGCUAUAGGUGCAAUCAAUGAUAUUGCAGAAGGCGCUUUUCCUGAAAAUUGUAAUUUAUACUUGUUUAAUAAAAUUAAUGUUAGAGGAAGUUUGUAAGUAUUAGAUUUAGGUUACUUCAAGCUCGUACAGGUAAAUAAAAGCAACA